AUGAUAUCCUCACACAUCCUCGCCUUCCUGGCACUGGCAACAUCCUCCGUCCAUGCCGCCCCUCGAACUAGCCGCUUCGGCUGCAGAACAGAAGUUAGCGAUGAGUUUCUCAACUCGACACGCAUCCUGGCCGCCGAGGAAGCCAGCCGUGUCGCCCUCAAAGCCGAUCCCAGCAUAAUCGAAAUCGGCGUGUACUUCCACGUCGUCGCCCAAGACACCACCGACGACGGAGGCUACGUCCCCAGGAGCCGGCUGACGGACCAGCUCGCUGUACUCAACAAGGCCUACAAGCCCCAGGGCAUAAGAUUCAAGCACCUGGCCACCGACUACACCGUCAACGCCGACUGGGCGACCGACCAGGACUCGAUGGCGAUGAAAAAGGCCCUCCGCCGCGGCUCAUACGGCGACCUGAACGUCUACUACCAGACCUCGCUCGGCGAGGGCGGCGGCGACCUGGGCUACUGCUUCCUGCCGCUGGGCCCGCCGGCCGUCGGCACCGACAACUUCAUCCAGGACGGCUGCACGAUCCUGCACUCGACGGUCCCGGGGGGCUCGCUCGACGGGUACAACCUGGGCCACACGACCACACACGAGGUUGGCCACUGGCUCGGCCUGCUGCACGUGUUCCAGGGCGACUCUUGCGACGCCGACAACCACGGCGGCGGCGACCUCGUCGCCGACACCCCCGUCCAGAGCACCAUGACGGACGGGUGUCCCGCCGGCAAGGACUCGUGCCCUGGCCAGCCGGGCCUGGACUCGAUCCACAACUUUAUGGACUACAGCAGCGACGACUGCUACGUCGCCUUCUCGGACGGGCAGGGCGUCCGGAUGAGGAGCAUGUGGGACAAGUAUCGCGCCGAUGCUCCCAGUGCCGGUGGUGGUGGUAGCAGUAGCGAGGCGAGUGUCAGCAGUGCCAGCAGCAGCAGUGGUAACGGCAGUGGUGACGACAAGCAGGACAUCGGCAGUAUGCUGAGCGCGCUGUUCGCCACGCUGGCUUGGGGACGGGAGAAGGGGGCCGCUGGUGCUGGUUCAAGUGCUGAGUAG